AUGGAGCACCAACCAGGUCACCCGCUCAGGAAUCUCGUGGAUAGGACAUGCGCCCCCUCGAAGGCACCCCAGAACAUCGCUAUCCUGUCGCCUUGGGUCCAACUGUCAUUUGUCUUCCAUCUUGCUAUUUCUCAGCUUGAAAGGCACAUUGAUGAGACUCCGAACUGUGUUGUAACAGUGAUUGGCUCAUCGCAAGCAGUUUUCCAGAAAAUGCUGAUCGAAGAAAAUGAUGGGUUCUUGAUGCGAGGCUCGUCAAGCGACGCUCUGGCGAAGCUCUUGGGACGCAUCGAAUUCCGCUUUUGCUCGGAUUUAGCUCAACUUCUGUCUCUCUUGUGCGACUUGGGUCAUCCAACCGCCGGGACAUCAGCUCCCAGCCAUGAAGACCUGGGAGCGAGCUGUCCCCGGAUUGCCCUGAUAAUUGCAGAUCUCACCAGUUACUUGAUCGCCAUGCCCACACCAACCCUGUCAGAUCUAACGCGUUUGCUGGGGUUCAUCAGUUCUACCCAAUCACAAAUCGCGUCCAUCUCUCGGACCAAGCAUCCUCCACCUGUGUACAUACUAGAUCGAAUCGAACCCACUGAAAAAUGGCGAUUGUCCCCUACCACCGAUCCAGAAGAUGUGAGGAGCAUCCUCGAAGUAUUCCAGCAUUUCUUUCAUCAUACUUGGAAUAUCGAACGUCUGGAAUCUGACAAGCGCACCUCGAAUAACACUGAGAGGUACCGGAUGUAUUCCAGUUCGGCUUCAAAUUCGCCCCAAGCCCAGAUUGUUUAUGAGGUGCUCGAGGAAGAGGAACCGGACGAGUAUCCAGCCAAUCCAGCCGGUGUACUCCGGAAAACUGUAACUAUCGAUAAAGUGCUGGGCACGGCCCACAAGCGCUCCCGAUCCCAGCUACUCGGUCCGUUCGCCGGACCCCAGAAAAAGCUCGGCAAUGGCGCGCGCAGUGUCCGCAAGGGCCCCAACGCCGGGAGAGACGAUGAUCGCACUGAAGAUACGCUGCUGCCCCCACGACAUAGCUUCAUGAAUAGCGCAGAAGAAUGCAGGCUUCACUUGAUUGGAUUGUAG